AUGGCUUCAUCUGGGAAUCCAAAUCAACAACAGCAGCAGCAGCAACCCCAACCUCAACAACAACAACAACAACCACAAACAACCCAUUUUGAUUUCAAUAAGCUGUUCAAGACACCAUCACCACCAGCGGCAUCAGCAGCAUCACCCUCUAUCCCUAAUCCUUCAAAUUUGAACUCUUCUCCAUCAUUCCCUUCUCCUUCACCUUCCACACCCCCUCCUUCUUCCUACCCUACCCCUUCUUCCUCCUACCCUCCACCAACUGGCACAUACCCUUAUCACCACCCUCACUUUCUCCCCUAUCCAGCCCUUCACCACCAACAACAACACCAAGAACACCCUCUUAUCCUUCACCACCUCCCUCAAAUGCAUGCUCCUCAAAGACCCCCUAUUUUCCAACCCCCUUCUCCCUCUCCAUCUCCCUCCUCACCACACCUUCCUUCAUCCCCGAAUCCGACCACUGGAGCACGCCUCAUGGCCUUGUUGGGCACCCAAAACCCUCUCUCCAAUCAGGAACCAUCCGUUGUGUACCCAUCUCCUUCUGCCACAUCAUCAUCACCUAUGGUUUCUGAUUUUUCAGUGCCACCAAACCCUUCAGGGUUGCCCUCCACACAGCCCUCAGGGUCUCCUGUGAAUCUGGCUAGUCCUCAGUCCACUCCAACCAGGAUGCUCAGCAGCAAGCUGCCGAAGGGGCGCCACUUGAUUGGAGAGCAUGCUGUGUAUGACAUUGAUGUUAGGAUGCCUGGGGAGGUGCAGCCUCAGCUUGAAGUCACUCCAAUCACCAAGUAUGCCUCUGAUCCAGGCCUUGUGCUCGGACGCCAAAUUGCGGUGAAUAAGUCUUACAUAUGCUAUGGACUCAAACUUGGGGCCAUCCGGGUGCUUAAUAUCAAUACUGCAUUGAGAUACUUGCUUCGUGGUCAUACUCAGGUGGGUUGUGUUGUGGUUGCUUUUGGCCUGAUUGUGAAUGAGAUGUUAAUUUUUUGGUCUCGUGCCUUGGACAAUUCAGCUGGCGUCGUAAAAACUAAGAGAGUAACAGACAUGGCAUUCUUUGCUGAGGAUCUUCACCUGUUGGCCAGUGCUAGCACUGAUGGGAGAAUAUUCGUAUGGAAAAUCAACGAGGGCCCUGAUGAGGAUGACAAGCCUCAAAUUACUGGGAAAGUUAUCCUCGCACUUCAAAUAUUAGGAGAGAGCGAGUCUGUUCAUCCAAGAGAGAUUUUAAUUGUUGCUAUUGGAAACCGUAUCCUCAAAAUCGAUAGUAUGAAAGCUGGAAAAGGUGAAAAUUUUUCUGCAGAGGAGCCUCUCAAAUGUUCUGUUGAUAAGUUGAUUGAUGGGGUGCAUCUUGUUGGUAAGCAUGAUGGAAAUGUGACUGAGUUGUCAAUGUGUCAAUGGAUGAAGAGUCGAUUAGCUUCAGCAUCAGCUGAUGGCACGACUUGUUUAAUAAGUGAAAAGGUUGGGGUUUCGAAUUCCCUGGCUUUAAAUAAGACACGGGAGGAGAUGCUGAAUGGUUACAUCUUGAAGUUGGUGAAGAUAUGGGAAGAACGUAAGGCAACACCACUUGCUGUUUUAAGACCACAUGAUGGUAAACCUGUAAAUUCUGUGACGUUCUUGACUGCUCCUCACCGCCCUGAGCACAUUGUUCUUAUCACAGCGGGGCCACUAAAUCAGGAAGUGAAGAUAUGGGUCUCUGAUAAUGAGGAAGGCUGGCUAUUGCCUAGUGAUUCUGAGUCAUGGCAUUGUAUUCAAACUUUAGACAUAAGAAGUUCGUAUGAAACCAACCCUGAGGAUGCAUUCUUUAAUCAAGUUGUAGCAUUACCCCGUGCUGGUUUGUAUCUGCUUGCAAAUGCCAAGAAAAAUACAAUAUAUGCUGUGCACAUAGAGUAUGGAUCCAAUCCAACUGCUACCCGCAUGGAUUACAUUGCAGAGUUCACGGUCACAAUGCCUAUAUUAAGUCUUACAGGAACUAGUGAUAGUUUACCAGAUGGAGAGCAUAUUGUGCAGAUAUAUUGUGUCCAAACACAAGCUAUUCAACAGUAUGGACUCAAUUUAUCACAAUGUUUGCCUCCACCACUGGACAAUAUUGAACUUGAGAAAACAGAAUCCAAUAUAAGACGUGCUUUUGAUGCUUUGGACGGAUCCACUAAUCUGGAUGCUGGAAAUAUGCCACAAGUUCAUUAUAGCAGUUCUGAAAGUGAUCCUGUUGCGAGCCUUGUUGUAAAUUUGCCUUCAACAAAUAUUUCAGUUCUACCUGAAGCUUCUAUAUCAGAAACAGAGACCAAGUCUAAUGAUUUACCUUCUCGUAAUGGUUUUGAACAUAUUCAAACUGCUCCACCUCCACUUCCUCAGAGUCCAAGAUUGUCCCAGAAGUUAUCUGGUUUAAAAAAUUUAUCAAAUAGUUUAGAGACUAGUUCAUCAACUGCUGACCAGAGCAGUGAGCCGACAAAUCUUGAUUCUUCAGCUGAACGGAGAAUGGAGUCUGAAAAAGAUAUGGCAGAUGUGCCUGCAUCUGGUGACAAUUUGCGAAAGGAUGAUAAAGUUGUUCCAAAUGAUGUUUCUGUGGUUUCUAAUACCCCAACAACAUACAAACACCCAACCCAUUUGGUAACUCCAUCUGAGAUAUUCUCUAAAACUGCUUUACCUUCUGAUAAUUCACAUAUUUCUCAAGGUAUGAAUGUUCAAGAUGUGGUUGCCCGUAGCGAUACAGAAAACUCUGAAUUAGAUGUUAAAGUUGUAGGGGAGAGGAGUUCUCAUCAAGAAAGUACUGAGUGUGAAAUAGAGAGAGACUCUCACACCAAUGUUGCUGAGAAGAAAGAGAAGUUAUUCUAUUCUCAGGCCUCCGAUCUAGGCAUUCAGAUGGCUAGAGAGACUUAUAACAUUGAGGGAGCUCAUCAAGCCGAUAAUAUUAAGACCAUUGAUGCACCUGAUCAAAGUUGUAACUCUGUUGAGGAAGAAGUUCAAGACACUAGUAAGGAUGCACCUGCAAACAUCAGUGAAUCAGAAACCACUGCUACUGCUGUGCAAUCACCUGCACCUUCUGUGAAAGGUAAAAGACAAAAAGGAAAAACUUCUCAGGUGUCUGGUGCAUCUACCACUUCUCCCAGUCCUUUUAACUCAACAGAUUCAUCAAAUGAUCAAGGUGGAAGUUCAGGAGGAUCAUCCAUGGAAGCUGCUUUACCACAGUUAACUGCUAUGCAGGAGAUGAUGGGCCAGUUGUUAAGCAUGCAUAAAGAAAUGCAAAAGCAGAUGAAUGCAAUGGUUUCUGUUCCAGUCACUAAGGAAGGCAAAAGAUUAGAAGGAUCCUUGGGUCGAAACAUGGAGAAAGUAGUCAAGGCUCACACUGAUGCUUUGUGGGCUCGAUUGCAAGAAGAAAAUGCAAAGCAAGAGAAGUUAGAGCGAGACCGUACACAGCAAAUAACAAAUUUGAUCUCCAAUUAUGUAAACAAGGAUAUGGUAUCUAUAUUGGAGAAAAUCAUUAAGAAGGAAAUGUCUUCAAUAGGAACAACCAUUACUCGUUCAAUAAGUCAAGUUAUAGAGAAAACAAUAUCAUCAACAAUUACAGAAACAUUUCAGAAGGGGGUGGGAGACAAGGCAUUAAAUCAACUGGAAAAAUCAGUUGGUUCAAAACUUGAAGUUAUAGUGGCUAGGCAGAUACAGGCACAAUUUCAAACCUCUGGCAAGCAAGCUCUUCAGGAGGCUAAAGAGAUGAAAAAAGGCAUUGCAGAGGGAAGUUUGAUUAGGGAGGGACUUAAGACUAGUUUGGAAACUUCUGUCGUUCCAGCAUUUGAGAUGUCUUGCAAGGCUAUGUUUGAGCAAAUUGAUGUCGCAUUUCAGAAUGGACUUGCGAAGCACACAACUGCUAUUCAACAGCAAUUUGAUUCUACUCAUUCUCCUCUAGCCAUGACGUUAAGGGAUACAAUUAAUUCAGCAUCAUCAAUCACUCAAACUUUGAGUGGACAAUUGGCUGAUGGCCAGCGGAAACUGUUAGAAAUUGCAGCUAACUCCAAAGUGACAGUGGAUCCCUUUGUAGCACAAAUCAACAAUGGCUUGCAUGAGAUGACUGAGGAUCCUACCAAAGAACUGUCAAGGUUGAUUAGUGAGGGAAAAUUUGAGGAAGCAUUUACAGGAGCCCUUCAUAGAAGUGACGUUUCGAUAGUUUCUUGGUUAUGUUCUCAGGUUGAUUUAUCUGGCAUUUUGGCAAUGGUGCCAUUGCCAUUAAGCCAAGGAGUACUUCUGUCUCUUCUACAGCAGUUGUCCUGUGACUUGAAUACAGACACGCCCAGAAAAUUGGCAUGGAUGACAGAUGUAGCAGCUGCUAUAAACCCGGCAGAUCCAAGGAUUGCAGCACAUGUGCAGCGAAUAUUGGAUCAAGUCUCCCGAACACUGGGCCAUCAUCGGAAUUUACCAACUACCUCCCCUUCGGAAGGGAGCACAAUCCGCCUUCUCAUGCAUACCUCCCUCCCAGAUUUCAUGUUAGUGCUUCUGGAUUCAAAGUUGUACUCAGCAUUUCAGUUUCUUGCCAGAGCCUAG